UUUUCCAGCAGUGAAAUGCCUUACAAGUCUAGUAAUUACCACGGCAAGACCAACCUGCCGGCUAGCGCUGAGCUCCUGUAGCCAGAUAUUUGAAGAUUUCCUUCACGACCUCCUAGUUGACCUCUCUGACGACCUCCUUGUUGACCUCCCUGACGACCUCCUUGUUGACCUCCCGGACAUCCUUGAUGACCUUAGGAGAUGAAGGUAAAGGCUGAGGACGCUGAGAUGAAGGAUGUGACGAACACCGGAGAGAAGGAAGUGCCAACUUGGCUCAGUAAGAUAAAGGAGGGUGGAGUGAAAAAGAUCCCGAAGGAUGUUUUGAAACGGCGACGAAACUACCGUCUCAAGAAGAUGUUGACUCCCAAGCCUCCAAUGAUGGUUUUGUUCGAGCUGGUUCCGCACACGGAGAUCGUGUUCAAUCCUUACAUCUCUGAUCCGGUUUCUCGGUUUUUAAAGAUUACAGCCAACUAUGACGGAAAAGUGUUUGAGGGAGUUGGUCCCUCGAAAUCUAUAGCAAAGAAUAUCUGCUCUGAGCAAAUACUGCAGCAUAUAGCCUUCCGCUCCUGUGUUAAGCAGGAGGCCGAGCAAGAGAACAGCAAAGGACCCCAUGAGGAGGAGACCCCCUGGACUGCCCUGGCUAGUGUAGCCCUAUUUAAACUAUUCAACGAUUGGCAGGCCCAGGGUGUAGUGAUUCCACCUGAGAUGUUGAAAGUUAGUUUGCCCGGGGGAAGGAAUCAACCUCAAGAGGGGAUGCCAAUGGGAGUGGAACAAAUGGAUUUCAUGGAGGGAGUAACUGUCGUCAAGAAGGAGAAGAAGGAGAAAGAGAAGAAAGCCAAGGGACCUAAAGUAUUGCCUGAAAACCCUACUCAGAGACACCCAGUUCAAUUGUUGAAUGAGAUGGAAGGACAGCUAGAAUAUGAGACUACUGUGGAUGGUCUUCCACCAAAUACAUUUUAUACAAUUACUGUAUCUGUGAACGGUAUACCGUAUACAGGGUCAGGGAAAAAUAAGAAGGAAGCUAAGAAGAUUGCGGCUCAGAGUGCUCUAGCUGCUAUUCACAAUGUACACUACCCUCCCUGCUAAACUGAAUCAACAAUCCAAAGUAUAGUGAAGCA